UUCACCUACCGGCACGACAAUGAAACCCACGGAGAGCAGACCCAGGAAGACACCAUCAUCGUCCACUACGAGGACGGUCACUGGAGCACACCGUACUUUGACUGUGGUGGUGGUAACAUAUGGAUGAUGACGUAUACCGUCCCCUUUCUGGGCCGCAGACCCAACGGCACGUACUAUUUCAAAGGAACAAGCGGACUCGAUAUCGACCUGCGGGCCAUAGACAUCAAUCAAUGUAUAGAUGACAACCAUACUAAUAUCUCGAAGCAGGAGAACAUCUUUUCAGACACAGAUAAAUGCCACAGAGAGUCACAAACGUGUGUGUUCAUUGAAAACCUUGGGUUCCGUCGUGGCUCAUACCAGUGCGUCUGCAAGAAGGGCUUCUACUUCCCUCACCCGAACGACGGCGAGAACUACUACAACGGCACCAUCCUUGAAGAACAGCAUGACCUGAAGAUCGCCGGACGGGAGAACAUCUACGACCAGCUGAUUUGUAAGCGAUGCGGUGAAGGCUGUGAGGAGUGCACCGAUGACAGGUCCUGUAUAUUCACCUUCAACUGGCCACUUCGGACCACGUUCCUGGUUGUCCAGUGUCUGACUAUAGUCGCCAUGAUACCCCUCUUUAUCUUCACUAUUCAGUUUAGAGACGUCAAGGUCGUGAAAGCAGCUAGUCCAGUUUUACUGAGAAUAAUUCUUAUCGGAGCAGUUUUUCUCUAUUGCCUGGCGCUGGUCGGUUAUGGUGUCCCCACAGUGAUGAGAUGUACUCUAAUGCAAUGGUUCAAAGAAGUAGGAUUUUCAACAUUAUAUGGAGCGCUUUUACUCAAAACAUGGAGGAUAUCCGUUGUAUUCCGGGUUCGUUCGGCGGCGAGAGUCCGGAUAACCGAUAUGGACCUGAUAAAGCGGUUGGGUCUUAUCAUCGCAGUGUCACUCUUUUAUCUAAUAGUCAGAACUGUGGUGUCUGCCCCCACGGUAGAGAUUGGCGAAUCGUUACAUGGCCUAAAGGCAUACCAAUGCUCAUAUGAUUGGUGGGAUUAUGCAGCAAAUAUUGCCGAGCUAGUUUUACUACUUUGGGGUAUCAGGUUGUGUUACGUAGUAAGAAAAGCACCAUCAGAGUUCAACGAGAGUAGAUUCAUAAGUUGGGCGAUCUACAACGAAACACUUCUUUCUCUUUUCCUAUGUGUUGCAACAUUCUUCCUACAAGAUUUGGCCAAUCCAGAUGUCUUAUAUCUUAUUUGGUUCUUCUAUAGUCAGCUUACAACUACUGUAGUCGUAGUUCUUCUUUUUGGUAGUAAGUGCUAUCUUGUAUUACACGGCAAAGGGGAUAAGACGGAUAGCCGUAUGAAAACUGGCACUACUGGUCUUAGACAGAGGACGUGGGAUGCAACUAACUCACUCUCGUCACAAGGCCUCAUGGUGAAGCAUGAAGAAAAACCGCUCAACCAAGUAGAUAUUCAAGAAGAACUCAAGAGACUAUAUACGCAGCUGGAACUCCUGAAAACAAGGAACAUGGUAGUUGGCAACCCUCACCUGACCCGCAAGCUCACCGCUAUGGCCGAAGCGGCCCGAGCCACAGAACAAAUGCUGAUAGACUCGAACGAGCACGAGCUCAGUUGUGCUUCCAACGGAGUGGCCGAGGUGACUUAUACAGUCAACAACGGCAGGACUAAUAGCGCUUCGACUAAAGGAGAUUGGAUUUGAAGACAAUUUGGUGAAAGAGAAAUGACUUUUACCUUCUCCUUUGUGGAAAAAUUCAAAACUCCCAAUUCCGUGUGUUUGUGACUGCGGUUAUGGACUAUGUACACUACAAUUAUGUGUUCCUAGAGGAAGUAUCGAGACAUUUUGAAAAUGAAUGAAAAGCAGAGUUUGGGGCAUCUUAAUUUGUAAGUAAAGAAAGAGUUAUGUCAUCAUUGAGAAAUCGUUAAGAGUCAACCGUUAAAUGGGUCUCAGCUCAGAACCACUAGUCCAGACGUUAAGUAAAAAACAACAUCGGGAUGUAAUGCGACAAGCGACAAGGGGAUAAGUACAUCUGCUGUAGCCAUCUCGUGGAACAUUGUAUCGCUGCGAUUGCAAUAUACUUCACAGUUCCGUUGUUGCAAGCUUUCCAAGACGGAUAAAACUCAACGGACCGACAUGACCGAGGGUCUGUGUUUGAUGUCACAACUACACACAUUUUUAUCAUUCUCUGCAUGCGCUCAGCAUGUUGGUAGAGGUGAUCAUGGUAUUUGGAGCAGAAUUUGUGAUUGGCAGAGAAGAAUCAUAUCUUUAACUGGAAGUAUUAAAAACGAGUUACAUGGUAAAGAUCAUUCUGACGCGCGAGAUUACUUCUGUUGAUAAAACAGUAUCCGAUGCGGUGUGUGUUCGUAAUGUAAUAUCUGGCAUUACUCGAGUUUACAAGCGAACUCGCUCUAUCGUGUCAGAGUGAGUUUCGUUAUGCAUCAUGAGCGAAAAGGAGACAAUGUUUUGUACUAACAUUUUAAUUUUUCAUAAAGAACAUCUAACAUUACAUAUUGCUGACCUCACAAAUAAAAGGGACCUGAAAUAGUGGGGUUGGCCUGAAGUUACAAGUUUCAAAAUCAUGGGGUGGUAAAGCUUAAUAGUCAGCCACCCAAUAACAUCCUGUGUCACCGCUAUGCAUCCCGUAUUUGCACAGAUUUAAAAACAUUCUCGUCACAUGACUGACUCAUAAAAAUUGAUUGCCCUCUUAGGAAAUGAUAUUGAUGAUAUAGGAAUGGAAAAUUUCUAGUAAUGAAAUAUUGUAUGCAGCUGUUGUUAAAGUAGAAUGUGCAUUGAUUGUGUUGCGAGUCCCGUCCAGUGAAACGCAAGGCAGCUAUAGUGCUUGAUUCAUUGUUUUUAGUUUCAUGCUUCAAUGAUUAUUAGAUUAUUGCUACGGCUCGUAGCUUGGAUGUGUGCUGUUUUACUGGAUAUAAGCAACCGAAUAACAGCAGAAAUAUAGAGGGGGAAAGCUCGUCUGAAAGAUGGGAAAGGAGUGGUGAAUGGUGAUGAUAGUGAGAGUCUUGUCACAAGACUCACUAUCAUUGUGCCAGAAAGAAUGAGGAGGCGAUGCAGGGGUCCGCGAGCGCGCGCGUGUGUGUGUGUGUGUUAGUGUGAAAGAGAGGGUGAAAGGUGAAGCUAUGGGUGUGCAUGGGUGGGGGUCUUAAUUUGAUACCGUUAUGUGUUAGUACGGGUGCAUACUGCUUUGUGGGUGAGGGUGUGGGUGUGUAACAAAGAGGGUGAUGCUGAGAAUGUGCGUGCAUGGGUACAUUUACGUCAAGAAAGAAUCAAAGAGGACGAGAGAGGGUGUGAUUGUUUAAGUACAUUUAUAGCUGUGUGUUCUUUCAGGGUGCGUGUUGUGGGUGUGCUGAUGUGUGUGCGUGCCUUUAUUUGUAAAAGUAUGAGCGUGGGUACUGAUGUGAUGGGUGGUCACAAAGAGAGGUGUGUAGAGGGAGAAGAAAAGUGAUGUGUGAAGGUGUGUGGGUGUAUAUGGGAGCGAAAGAGAAAAAAUUUAAAGGACAAGUCUAACCCCCAAAAAGAUUUCUUUGAAUGAGAAGAGAAAAAAUCCAACAAGCAUAA